AGAUCGCGUUCAUGGCCCUGCGGCAGCGACGUUCUCCUUCCUCGACGACGACCGGCGAGACCGACACCCCGUCCUCUUCUUCGCCUCCACCUCGUCCAGCGCCACCGGCCUCCGCCUUUAUGAAGAUCGCGACCAGCGUCUUUGCGCUCAUCUUCCUCGCCUCGUGCGUGCACGGCGUGCUCCCAACUACGACCCUCAUUGGCAUUGGCGAUACUACGACGGACUCGCCGGUCCGCCUCACGAGCGGUGCCAGCUUCCCGAGCGGCUCUCGCCGUAUUUCCAAUGAGGCUGGCACUCUGGCUUGGGCCUCGGGUCAAAGCGCAUCGCCCUCUGCUUCGUCCGAGUCCGAGAUGCUCAUUUGGACCGCCGACAUGACGCUUCGCGCCAAGCACGGCAGUGGCGCGUGGGACGCGGCGCGUGCACACAUCCAGUCGCAUUUGCUUCUCCACGGCUUUCUCGAAGACGAGUCCGAGUCGGCGGAUCGCUCCGAGUACAGAUUGUACAGUGCAAAUGUGCGCUGCGUAUCGCGCUCAACCAACGCGACGAUUCCAUGCCCACAGGACGUUUACCUCGAGAAUCACGAGCCGCCUGCGCGCCUUCGAACGUGGCACUUUACGUGGCGCGUCGAGGCCUUCCACGACAGGCUUCGCGCGCUGGAAGGCGUGCCAGACGUGGUGCCCAACACGACGGUCGCGUCCAAGCGCGUUACCCGCUUCGAUGCGAGCGCCGAGUACAUGGAUGCGUCGGGGCGUAGUGCCACCUUGCGACUCACGCGGGCGGCGCUGGAGAAGCUCCUUGAGCAAGCGACGAACGUCCAGGAGAUUGCGUCCAUUGUCACGCAGGUCCAAGACGUCACCGAGAAGAUCGAAGCCGCCGAAAGCAAGCUCCUGCGCACGUCGACUUCCGUGCGCCUCAGCAAAAUCAGCGUCGACCUGGAAGAACACGACGCCGACGCGCGCGUCGUGGUCGUCGAUGACCGUGCGCCGCCGAGCAAGUCGCGUUGGGCGGCCGCGUAUGAGCGUGCGGUCGGCGUCCUCCAGCUAUGCGGCAACCUCGCCAUCGACGGCAUCAUGCUAGCACUCGUCGUGGGGACACCGAUGACGAUCGUGCUGUGGCUCGGCUGGAAGCUCUUCGCUCGCCUGCGCCAGUCCGACGACCGCUACAACCGUCUCGCAUGAUCCACCGCCUGAUGUCCCAUCAACGCAUAUUCAACGACAUCUUGUUCGUCUUCUGUCCUACGUAGUAUAAUAUUACUUGAACCCACCGCGAAUACACGCACUAGCAACAGCC